CAUUGGGCUGACAUUGACCAGUUAUGUUAAAGUCAUAUCGUUUUGUACGGGGCUUUGACUCCAAUAUUCUUCUCUUUAAUGAUCAGCACUGUCUAUAUCAUGCACUCCUUAAACCCUUCCACUCUUUUAGCUUCUAGAUCGCUUCGUACUACACUUUCGCCUGCGCGUCCUUCGAGCUUCGAUGAACUGGCGGAAAUUGUGAGAGAGUACGAGGCCAAUGAGAAGGAGGUCAUGGCGAAAGCUGUAGCGCAUCCAAUCGUACAACCCAUACCCUUGCGUCGGCCGAACGUCAUGUCUCUCGCGCACAUCUUGUGCUCCGAUCCUGGAGUUAUUCCGGAUCAAGCAACAGUAGAAGAGAACAAGGACAACGUUUCUGCGCCAUCAUCGCAGUACACUGGCAUAGAGGUGUCAAGUUGGGAUGAGCCUGUAGCACCCUUCGAGGAUAUGGAUGUUUACCUCAACUACUUUGAUGAAGAUGGGGAAGACAUCGCUCAGCCAGAUUCACCAGUACAGUGGAAUGCCUCUCCGAUGCUUGGAUGGAUACCUCCCAGUGGUUGCGAAGACAUCGAGGUCGGUCACGAGGAUCUGACGUACUCUUCAAGAAUUCCAAAUUCAACCUUGCACCGCGUUCCCCGGGCAUCUGAUGAACCGGUGCAUGUCAAUCCGUACCCAGCCACGCGGCCAGCAGACGUGAGAGCCGCAUCAAAUCAAUCAACACAUCCCCCUGCACAGCUUCCACGAACACGAGUCGUACUGGCCCCAAGUCAACGCACAGGAGCGAAGAGCAAGAGCAGAGACCGUAAAGCCAAUUUGCGGGUGUCUUGUGGGUACGGGCAACCGCCGAGGGGUGGGAUUCCUCCUGCGCUGGCUCGAGAUGUGACGAAGUCUCAUGCGCUACGCGCUGAACAGGAACAUAAGCGCAUGCGUGCUGCAGCUGCGAGAGCUGGUGAAGGGAGGAAGCCCAGUGUGCUGCAGAGGGCCAGUGCGGAGACUGAGGAUGGGAUGGCGGGGAUCUGCUAGUCACUGCCCCUCUACGGAUAUUGAUGGUCCACAUGGUGUUGCAAUGAUUAGUAGUUCACUACCCACGACGACGACAACUUUGAAGCAAUUAUUCUAGUCUGUGUGAUACCAUGUCGCCAUGUGAGUUGAGCA